UGCCAAGCACUCUAUGGUAAAGCACUUGUUUACAUCAUGUCCCAAGCACAGGACGACCAGCUCAUAGAGCUGCUAUUGCAACUGAGGAAAACUACUCCAGAACAAGCCCGCCAGGUCCUCAAUGCUCAGCCGCAGCUAUCAUACCUCUUGAUUAGUCUCAUGGUCAAGAUGAAUGCCAUAAAUCUGGAGGCACUUCAGAAAACCCUCGCAUCCUACAUCCCAGCUACAGGUCAGCCAGCGGCGCCGUCUGUCCCAGGCACAGCUGCUGUACCGCCUUCAGCAAUUCCGCCUCAUGUAGCAGCGUCGUCUCAGUACCGCACUGCCACUCCUCCGAACGUGCCUGUUCCUCCGGCAAGCUUUCAGCCGCCCCCGUCCUCGGCCUAUCCUCCGUACCAUGGUGCGCCUCCCACCAACACGUAUGGCGCCCCCGGUGGUUUGGGGGGCCCUCCACCUUUACCAGGAUAUCCGGCCGCGCCAGCCCCGGCCCCUGCGCCAGCCCCCGCAAUCACAGCGGAUGCUCUAGCAGCGAUGCCUGAGCAACAAAGGGCCAUGAUAACGCGUAUUAUUACGAUGACUCCGGAGACCAUUAGGGCGCUACCGCCGCACGAGCGAGAUCCGAUUAACCAAAUCGUAAGCAUACAUGCCCUUUUCCUACGUGAUUCUCCUAACUCCCAUUACACCUGUGCUCAGUCGUACUCCUCUCAUCUGUCGGAGUAUGCUGGUCUCUUCCAGCCCCAUGCAGCUGUCGGAUAA